AUGACAAACUUGCUGAUCCCAUCAAAGGCAGUGAACCCUUAUAAAGUUGGUUCGGCUUGCAUAAGCAAGCAGAGAACUCCUGAGAACUUCCAAGUUGUGGAGGCGGUAACUGCAAUUGCCAACAGGAAAAGAAAGAUAGGUUGUUGUGCUGCACUGGUGCUUUCUGGUAUGAUGGUUGUUAGUGCUGUUGGGUCUGUUAGGAGGUUGUUAGCAGUCUCAGCUCAACAGUGGCUGAGACCUCCGUUACAGGUUGUGUUUGAAAAGGUAGCCUCUCGCGUUUUGAAAGAGGUUGCCAAUCGUUGUGGAUUCAAGGAUGAGAUCCAGAAGCUCCAACGUUCUUUGCGGAUGAUCCAAGCUGUUCUCGAAGAUGCAGAAGAGCGGCAAGCUGCUGAUAAAGCAUUGAAGUUGUGGUUAACUGAGCUUAAAGAGGUAGCUUAUGAUGCUGACGACUUGCAUGAAGAAUUUGCCCCGGAGGCCAUGCUGCUAGAAAAUGGAAACACUUUUACUAAGCAGGUCAGCAAUACCAUCCCCUCUUUGAAUCCUGUUAUAGCAUACCUCAGAAAAUUGCCUGAGCUAACGCAGAUAAGGAAGAGACUAGACGUGUUAUUGGAAGAAAGGUCUUGUUUCAAGCUCAAGGAAAAAGUUGGUGAUAAAGAUAAAAGUGGACAGAAAAGAGAGACUGGGUCAUUUGUGGUUGAACCUGAAGUAAUUGGACGGGAAGAAGAUAAAGAAAAGAUAAUACAGAUAUUAUUGUUAACUACUGAGAGAAGAGCUGGCAGAUUUGUGUCUGUUAUUCCCAUAAUGGGUUUAGGGGGCAUUGGUAAAACUACUCUAGCUCAAACAGUCUAUAAUGAUGAGAGGGUGAUGAGAAACUUUGAGCUGAGGAUGUGGGUCUCUGUCAAUGAUGAUUUCGGUGUGAGAAAAAUUCUUAACUUGAUGAUGGAAUCUGCAAAUAGGAGAAGAUGUGAUGAUCUCCUGGGAAUGGAUGCUCUUCAGUUUCAAUUACGAGAUUUGUUAUUGGACAAGAGAUAUUUACUUGUAUUGGACGAUGUAUGGAACGAGGAUGAGGAUGAAUGGGAAAAGCUUAAAACGUUGCUGAAUUUUGGUGCAGAGGAAAGCAAAGUUAUAGUCACAACGAGAAGUGCAAAGGCUGCAGAAAUAGUUGGAACAGUGUCUUCUCACCAUCUGGAGGGUCUAUCCGAUGAUGAAUGUUGGACUUUGUUCAAACAACGUGCCUUUUCUCAUGGCCAACAGGACAAGGACAAUCCAAACUUGUUCCCUAUUGGGAAACAAAUAGUGAAGAAGUGUGGGGGAGUUACUCUCGCUGCAAAGACACUGGGUGGUCUAAUGCGCUCCAAAAGAGAGCCAACAGAGUGGCUCUGCAUGCAGGAGAGUGAUAUGUGGAAUGUUUGUGAAGAGGAAAAUGGGAUAUUGCCAGUCCUAAGGCUGAGCUAUAGUCGUUUGCCCUCACAUCUAAAAGGGUGCUUUAUGUAUUGCUCAAUAUUUCCCAAAAAUUAUGUCAUUAAGAAAGAUAAGUUAAUUCAUCUUUGGAUAGCAGAAGGCCUGAUUCAACAGAUUGAGGAAAGAAAAUCUUUAGAGGAGAUCGGAAAUGAAUACUUCCAUGACUUAAUGUGGAUGCUUUUCUUUGAAGAUGUGAAGAAAAAUGAAUUUGGAGAUGUAAUAGAAUGCAGAAUGCAUGGUAUUAUUCAUGAUCUUGCAAAAUCUGUUGCAGGAGAAGAGUACUUUGUAUUUGAAGGUGGAUGCAUGCCAAGAAAUUUGCUAAACUGCGAAGCCUUGUACGAGGCUAAGAAGUUGCGAACUCUCAUUUUGUUGUAUCCAAAAGGUGGUCUUGGUGAAGUCCCAACUAAGUUGUUCUCAAGUUUCAAGUAUCUUCGAGUCCUAGAUUUGGAUAACUUCCAUAGACAUAGAAGUCUUCAGACAUUACCAUUGUUCAUUGUGGCAAAUGAGGCUAAUUUCAGGGGGAAUGCUAAUCUCAUGGACCUGAGUCGUCUGCAGCUCAAAGGAGAGCUGACAGUUAGAAAACUGGAGAAUUCUCUGGAGAUCAGUGAAUGUCAUAGCCUUUCUGCUCCACCCCCGAUUAUAUCCGAGUUAAUCUCCCUUAAACAUUUAUCCAUUGAGAACUGCAGUAACAUAAGCUUGUUAGCAAUUGAACUUCGACAUCUUAGCUCUCUCGAACAUUUAACCAUAAUAUAUUGUCCAAGUUUGGUUUCUUUGCCAAAUGAGUGGCAAAACCUUUCCAUGCUGAGGAGUUGGUGCAUUUUAAGUUGUCCACAGCUAUCAUUUCUGCCUGAUAGUAUUCAAUAUGUCAGGACACUGCAAAAUCUGGAAUUCCAUGCUUGUCCUGGCUUAAAUGCGUUGCCUGAGUGGAUAUUAAAUCUUUCACUUCUAAGAUCUUUGGCAAUAUCAGAUUGUCCUAAAAUCACAUCACUUCUAGACAACCUUCAAUGUCUCAGCAAUCUCCAGCGCCUUUCUAUUCAAGAAUUCCCUAGGUUUGAAGAACAUUACAAGAAAAAUACAGAUAAGCCAUUCAGUAUACUUCUUGGCGAAGUUCCAUUCCUUCUUGAUUCUGCCUUGAAACUUUUACGUUAUCUCUGCUAUUCUAAUGUGUUUGACGCUACUGGGAAAGAGUUUCUUAGUGUCAAUGUAGCCAGAGCAGGGAACUCUCCUGUUGAAACCCCACCAGAAUUCCAAAAUAAAGGAAAUCUACCUUUGCAUUCCCCAUAG